AGCACUUGGGACAGCCGUGAAGUUUGACCCAUGUGGGUGUGAGCGCUCGCCUCCAGCAUCACGUCACAGAUAGGCUUGUUCUGAAGCGCUUGGAAUAAUGUUAUAAAUCACUGGCCAGUGGGGCGGAAUUUAUUGAGUAGCAGGGACCUUACAGCCUAACUGGAUACACGCUCACCUUGUUGGAACACCAAAACAGGCUGACACACCGCCGUGCCUUGAGCCUCGUUGACAAGGAUUCUUUCAAAUAUAACCCUCAUUACGAAGAGCUGUGGACCAACACAGUGGCUGUGUUUCUUUAAAGGGGUUGUGAUCGUAUCCGCAGGAAAACCACUAUUUCAGAAAAAAGAGGAUUUCUUUCCUAAGACCAGCAGUAUGAUUUGUUAUAUAUUGAUUAUGUGCUGUGGACUUGCUGGAAACGUACUGUCUAAGGGCUCUCGCUCGAGCUCCAGACUGAACUCCCCAGUGCUGAGCGUGACCAGCAAGCAGCUUGUCAUCCAGGCCAGCCAGACUCUGCAGCUGCAGUGCAAGGGGAAGGCACAGCUUGCCUGGACGACGCCUGAUAGAGUUCAUCCAGAUCAAGGCAGACUGAGCAUCAAGGAGUACAGGUGUGGAUCCCAGGACAAGCUGUACUGCAGCAGCCUCACCCUGAGCGGGGCCUCAGCGCGGGACACGGGAGCCUAUGCCUGCAAAUACUCCACCAAGAUGAGAAAGAGACAGGCAGCUGUGUAUGUUUACAUCAGAGAUGCGCUGAAGCCCUUCUUGGAGCUGCACAGUAACAUCCCGGAGGUUGUCUACCUGACAGAAGGAAGCAAGCUUAUCAUCCCUUGCAGAGUGACUGCGCCUGACAUCCCCGUCACGCUAAAGAAGUUCCCAGAAGAAAGAUUGAUCCCCGAUGGCAAAAACCUUAUCUGGAACAGCAAACACGGAUUCAUCAUCCCUGAUCCCACGUACCAGUUUAUAGGACUUCUGUCAUGCGAGGCCACCUCCAACGGGGUUCUCUACAGCACCAAAUAUUUAACACACAGACAAGCAAAUACAAUCUUUGACGUGUACCUCAACGCCACUAACCCACUCAAGAUGCUGAGGGGAGAGACGCUAGCAAUUAACUGCACUGUUACUGCGGAGUGGAAUGCCAGGGUCCAGAUCACCUGGGACUAUCCAGGCAAGGGAAACAGUUCUGCUCUCAUCACCAAUAGAAUUGAUCAGAGCAGCUCCAACAUCUUCCACAGUGUCCUGGUCAUCAAGCAGCUGAAGGACACUGACAGGGGCGUGUACUCCUGCAAUGUGCAGAGCGGCCCUUCCACCAGAGACACAAACACCACCCUCGUUAUUUAUGACAAACCCUUCAUCAGUGUGAAAUACAGACACAGGCCUACAGUGGAGGUGGCUGCUGGUCAGGACUCCUUCAGGCUCUCCAUGAAAGUGAAAGCAUUCCCCUCCCCGGAGGUUGUGUGGCUUAAAGAUGGAAUGAUUGCUGCUGAGAAGUGCGCUCGCUACAAGAUUGACGGAUACACCUUAAUCAUCAGAGACGUGUCUGAAGAAGACGCUGGGAGUUACACCCUAAAGCUGGGGAUCCAGCAGCACAAUCUGUACAGGAACCUGACUGUCUCCCUGGUUGUUAAUGUGAAGCCCCAGAUUGGUGAAAAGGCCGUGUCCUAUCAAGACCCUGGCACCUACCCUGUGGGCAGCAAGCAAGCACUGAUCUGCACUUCCCAUGGCUUUCCACUGCCCAGAAUCCAGUGGCUGUGGCACCCGUGCGCUCGGAAUAACACGAAGGGACUCUGCAAACUGCCACCUUCCACCAAGAGAACCCUUCUGCCAGUGCCUCCGAACUACAACCACACCGGCAACAGGAUUCUGAGCAUCACUGAGAGGACAGAGGUGUUUGAAGGGAAGAACAAGACGGUGGGGGUCCUGGUGCUGGCUGAGGCACAGGUUUCUGGGGUCUAUCGCUGCUUGGCUACCAACAAGGUGGGGAAGGACAGAAGAAACAUCCACUUUAUCGUCACAGAGGUGCCCAAUGGGUUCAGCAUUGAACUGGAGAGGGUCCCCACUGAAGGGGAAGACCUGAGACUAGCCUGCAAAGCCAACAGGUUCUUAUACACCGACCUUGCCUGGACCAUGGAGAGUGGGGCUGACAGCGGAGCUAGCCUGGCCCUUCCUAACAGCAGAGAGGAGGUGCAGGGGGAGUACUCAGACACCGUGCUCUUGAAGAUGAGGAACGUCUCCCAAGAGCACUCUACCACCUACGUCUGCACAGCGAGACACGGGCGCACUGGGAAAGAGGUGCGCUUGGAGAAGAGGAUUGACAUUAUAGCCCAGGAAGCCCCUCUCCUGCUACGGAACCUGAGUGCCCAGCAGGUGAAUGUCAGCAGCUCCAUCACUCUGACCUGCCUGGCUGAGGGGGUCCCAAACCCACACAUCACCUGGUAUAAAGACAGCCUGAAACUACAGCAGGGAUCAGGCAUCAUCCUGGCACCGGGUGGCAACCUGACCAUCGAGCGGGUCAAAGAGGAGGACGAGGGCGUGUACAAGUGCGAGGCGACCAAUCAGAAAGGGUCUGUGGAGAGCUCCGCCUACAUCGCCGUCCAAGCUGCUAACCAAAGUGGAGUUCUUGCUCUGGCUGGGAGAGCAGACUCUGCAGAGAAGUCCAAUAUGGAGCUGAUAGCGCUGAGCUGCUCCUGUGUGGUCGCCACACUCUUCUGGCUGUUCCUGACUCUCUUUAUCCGCAAGCUGAAACGGCCCAGUUCUGCGGAGGUGAAGCUGGACUACCUGUCGAUCAUCAUGGAUCCAGGUGAGGUGCCCCUGGACGAGCAGUGUGAGAGGCUGCCCUACGACGCCAGCAAGUGGGAGUUCCCACGAGACAGACUCAAGCUAGGAAAGUCCCUGGGCCGCGGUGCUUUUGGGAAGGUGGUGCAGGCAGCAGCGUUCGGCAUCAAGAAAUCAUCUACCUGCAGGACUGUGGCUGUCAAAAUGCUCAAAGAGGGCGCUACAGCCAGCGAGUACAAAGCCUUGAUGACAGAGCUGAAGAUCCUGAGCCACAUUGGACACCACCUCAAUGUGGUGAAUCUGCUGGGAGCCUGCACCAAGUAUGGAGGCCCUCUGAUGGUGAUCGUGGAGUACUGCAAGUACGGAAACCUCUCCAACUACCUCAAGAGCAAGAGAGACGUGUUUGUGCAGCACAAGGACUGGGCCCUGCAGACCGAGCCGAUGAAGGAAGAUGCACCGGCAGCAGGAGCUCAGAAGCAGCGCCUGGCCAGCAUGACAAGCAGCGAGAGCUUGGCCAGCUCGGGCUUUGAGGAAGACAAAACCCUGAGCGACAUCGGAGAGGAAGAGGAGGAUGCUGAUUCCUUCUACAAUAAAGCGAUUGCGAUGGAGGAUCUCAUUUCCUACAGCUUCCAAGUAGCGCGGGGCAUGGAGUUCCUGGCAUCCCGAAAGUGCAUCCACAGAGACUUGGCAGCAAGGAACAUCCUUUUAUCUGAGAACAAUGUGGUCAAGAUCUGCGACUUUGGCCUGGCUAGAGACAUUUAUAAGGAUCCUGAUUAUGUCAGAAAAGGAGAUGCCAGGCUUCCUCUGAAGUGGAUGGCCCUGGAAUCCGUUUUUGACAAGCUCUACACGACUCAGAGUGAUGUGUGGUCCUAUGGAGUGCUGCUGUGGGAGAUCUUCUCUUUAGGAGCUUCUCCGUAUCCUGGCGUCCAGAUCGAUGAAGAUUUCUGCCGCAGACUCAAAGAAGGGACAAGAAUGCGAGCUCCGGAGUAUGCAACACCAGAAAUUUAUAAGACCAUGCUGUCGUGCUGGGAGAGUGACCCGAAGGAACGGCCGACCUUUUCUGAGCUUGUGGAGCGGCUGGGGGAUCUGCUUCAAGCCAAUGUGCAGCAGGAUGGAAAAGACUACAUUCCCCUAAAUACCCUCCUGACAUCGAGCAGCCCCGCUGCCUGCUCCAGCUCCUCAUCCUCACACUGCUCUGUGGAGGAAGAGGCUCAGGACUCGGGCUCCACGUUCAGCUAUGAGUGCUCAGGGGGCUUUGGAUACAUGAACACACGGAGGGCACAGGAGUUUAACACAUUCGAAGAGCUCUCGCUGAGGGACAGAGCGCUCCCUCAUCAGGAUUACCAGACGGACAGUGGGAUGGUCCUGGCCUCUGAAGAGUUCAAGUGCCUGAUGUGGAGCAGAGGCAAACCAAGACACUCCUCCUCCCAUUCCUUUGGAUUGAAAGCCGCAAGCAAACGCAAGGAGCCCGUUCAGUCAAACACGUACAUCAGCAGCUGUGCUCUCAGGGAGCAGGACUGUGGAGCAGCCUCCUGCAGCAGCUCCAUGCAGGAACCCUGCUGCUCCCCACCCCCCGAUUACAACGCAGCAGUCUCCUUCUUCCCACCACUAUAAGACCUUUUUUAUUUCCCUUUUUAUAAACAUGUAUUUCUAAGGUAUGUGUUUUACUAACGCCGGCUUCCGGGACCACUUACUGACUGGAGCAGCUCCUUUUCAUACUGCACUUUCUUUAAGGGUUAGAGAACAUCGCCUCGCUCUCCUGGUGUUGUUGCUUUGCUGUGCAGUCUUGCAUUCUUGUUGGCACAGUAUUCUCUAGUCAAAGCCAGCGCAGUUCUGGAUUUCUCUGCUGAUUUCUUUAUGUCAUUUCAGCUUAGCAGUGACUUAGGGGUCACAGCAUGUUACUGGGGAAUCAGCGAGUUGAUUAAUGACAGUAAAGGAGCUGUUGAAGGACAGAUUCUCUGAGCAGCUUUUUUUAUAACAUAAUAUCUCCAGCUGUGGGUUCUAAACUGGGUCUUUGUGAACACUGAGCAGGCAGUGCUGGCAGAGUUGAAAGGUCACAUUGUCAUAUGUUUUUUAAUGGAAUGAGGGAAGGGUGUUCAUUAACCCGUAAACUAGUAAAGGAAAUUAAAAAUGUUAUUUGAUUUGAAGCUACUUACUCAUUAUUACUGGCCUCCCUUUUUAAUGUGUUGAAAAUCUGUUAGUUCUUUGGCUUAAAAAAAAAAAAAAUCAAUUAGUCUUUGCAAAGAACCAAGUGUGUUCAAAACAAGGUAAGGGGAGGAUAAGGGGCAGUGGAUGUGAACCCCUUUGGUACACGAGGAAUUAAGCAGUGGUUCAAACGCUUUCUUAAAGUACAGGGUGAUUAGAAAGUAAGUUUACCACAUCAAUGCACCAUAUCAUUGAGUGGUAAGCUUACUUUCUAAUCACCCUGUCCAUUGUCAAUGAAACUGGUUUGUAGGUUUGCUGUUUAGUAGGCAUGGCUCAGCCUUGACUAAUUUAUAUAUAUAUAUAUAUAUAUAUAUAUAUAUUCAAAUUACAACUGCAGUACAGCUACUAAGUAUUCAAUUAUCUGCGCUUAAUAAUUUUUUAUAUUUUUAUACAAGAAAUAAAAGUGAUGUGCUGUUAGGGCAGAUUAUAACUCAAUAGCUAUUUUACCUUUAAGUUGAUAAUAUCAGUAUUAUUGUGUAUAGGAACAAGAUUAUUUAAUUUUUUUAAACUGUAUUUAAUAAUAAAACUUGUACAGAGACUUUGGAACUCACCCAUGUGUUACCUCUAUUCUCGCAUGUAUAUACGAGUAACGGCUGCAUACUUAGUUGCCCACGGAAGUAAUGUCACUGCAGCAAAAACGGCAUGUGCAAAAAUAAACUGAGGACAGAGGCACAUCCGUGCCACAGCUCUGAAUAUAUCAAUAGAGCUGAUCAGUAAAUACCAUGAAGUGGGCGCAUCAUACAUGGGAUCAGUCAACUACCUUUAGCAGAUGCUGGGUAUGUAACAUCAAUGCGCCACAUCGGUCACUUUUGUUUGUAAUGGUAACUGUUUUGUAGAAGAAAUAUUCAUGGAAGCAGUAACAAACUACAGGGCGUCCAGUCACGCUGUAAAGCCCAGAGUGUAUUUCAUUAUAAAUCACUUGAGAAAUCAUCCUCCGGUAAGGGGCUGUCAGAACUCCAGAACCUCUUUUCUGUGUAGAUGUUAUCACGUGCACAGAGCGACAUGUUUCACUCAUAGAAUUCCAGGACCUCUAUUUUUCUGUAUAGAGUUAUCACGCUCACAGAACAUGUUUCAUUCAUAGAAUUCCAGAACCUUUUUUCUGUGUAGAGAUGUUCACGCCCACAGAACAUGUUUCAUUCAUAGAAUUCCAGAACCUUUUUUCUGUGUAGAGAUGUUCACGCCCACAGAACAUGUUUCAUUCAUAGAAUUCCAUAACCUUUUUUCUGUGUAGAGAUGUUCACGCCCACAGAACAUGUUUCAUUCAUAGCAGUUCCCGAGCACACUCUUCAUUUUUGUGAUUGAUGAGGAGUUAUUACAUCAUGUGUACAGGGUGUCUUUAUAUGUUUUAUAGCAGAAAUCAUUUUGAAUGAUUUGAACAGCCAGACACCGCACAAGUGAUGUAUUAAUUAUAGUAUGACCGGACACCAUGGAGUGUGCUAUUGAUCUUAUAAUAUGGCAGAAGAAACACUAGGGGCUCAAUCCUAUUGCACGGUCAUAUAAGGAAUAUGCGAUGGGAUGUUGCUUGCCACUCCACGCCGUUUUAUAAAUAGACAUUACAUACACACACAAACUGUUUUAAUUGUUUUCUGGAAAACAAAAACGGAUCCAUUGCCAGAUAUAAUCUAAGAUGACGGUAUAACAAAAUUAUGUUUUGACAAAAGUCUAAAUGGGGAAUCUUUCACCUCACUAAAACAGGGAAUAAGGAAUUGUUAUUUUAAAGCUGGGACUCAAAAAAGGAAAAAGUGGAACUUGCAAGUAUGUUAUUGCUGUAUUGCACUCAAUAUUCAUUUGUACAUAAAAUAUUUACAUAUUGAGAACUGGAAACUUUUUAAAAUGUAUUAGUAUUUUUUAUCCUUGUAAACAGGAAUAUGCUAAAAAUAAAAUUGUAUAAUUCAUAAAUGUACUACCAAUUAAAUGUAUAUAAUAAAAUAUUUCCAUAUACCAAG